UACUGUAUAACUGGUGCACGUUAUACUCUCCACACAAGGUUCCGCCUGGACACCGCUUUCAAGACAGAGUGUGUGCCUUUGGUAGAAAGAGAAGAAAGAGAGAGAGAGAGAGGGAGAAGACGCUACACGGAGCGUUUUGUUUAUACCAGACGUAUAACGCAAUAACAGUAAACCUUGAUGAGCUACAAGGGCAUGUGGAAGUCUAACUUAUCUAGGUUUCUGUCCAUUCGUUACUCCAACAGAUAUUUGAGAAUUCUUCCAUAGAGAAGAUAACUAUUGACGAGAAAGUCAUACGAAGAUUAAGCAAACCUCGAAAGGCAUGCGGAGUAGUUGGUGAUACGGGAGAGAGUGCACUAAUUAGUUUUACAAUAUGACGGAUACACGUAGAAGAGUAAAACUGUAUGCUCUUAAUACAGAUAGGCAAUGGGAUGAUCGUGGUACAGGUCACGUUUCUUCUGGUUAUGUAGAGAGAUUAAAGGGAAUUGCUCUCAUGGUAAGAGCCGAGAGUGAUGGCACUCUCUUGCUGGAGAGCAAGAUACAACCUGAUACAGCAUAUCAGAAACAACAGGAUACUUUAAUAGUAUGGUCGGAAGGAGAUAAUUUCGACUUAGCCUUGAGUUUUCAAGAAAAAGCUGGCUGUGACGAAAUAUGGGAAAAGAUAUGUCAAGUUCAAGGAAAAGAUCCAUCUGUAGAAAUCACACAGGACAUUGUAGAAGAAUCGGAAGAUGAGCGGUUUGAUGAUAUGUCAGAUGCAGCACCACCCAUCGAAUUACCUCCAUGUGAACUUAGUCGAUUGGAAGAUAUUAAUGAGCUCAUAGAGAAUUGUUUAACGUCCCCAAUGAGAAAAGAAAAGUUAGCAGUGGCACUAGAAUCCGAGGGUUACAUUAAGAAAUUGCUAAAUCUUUUUCGUACAUGCGAAGAUUUAGAAAAUAUCGAGGGAUUGCAUCAUCUUUAUGAUAUAUUCAAAAAUAUUUUCUUACUCAAUAAGAAUGCUUUGUUUGAAGUUAUGUUUAAUGACGAUACGAUUUUCGAUGUUGUUGGCUGCCUGGAAUACGAACCGACAUUAUCUCAGCCAAAAAGGCAUCGAGAGUAUCUCCGACAAUUAGCCAGAUUCAAACAAGCAAUUCCUAUAACAAACACCGAACUGUUAGCUAAAAUCCAUCAGACAUACAGAGUUCAAUACAUUCAAGAUGUAGUGCUGCCAACCCCAAGUGUAUUUGAAGACAACAUGCUGAGUACAUUGAGUAGUUUUAUAUUCUUCAAUAAAGUUGAAAUAGUGACUUUGAUACAGGACGAUGAGAAAUUUCUUAAUGAACUUUUUCGCCAGUUAAUGGACGAAGCGACUUUAGAUAGCAAAAGACGCGACUUAGUCCUUUUUUUAAAAGAAUUUUGCAACUUUUCACAAAAUCUCCAGCCGCAGGGAAAGGAGACGUUUUAUAAAACGUUAACAUCACUUGGUAUACUUCCCGCUCUAGAAAUUACUUUAGCAAUGAAUGAUGCACAGACAAAAACGGCCAGUAUAGAUAUAUUGACUUAUAUUGUGGAAUAUUCUCCAAGUGUUGUACGAGAAUAUACAUUACAACAGAUAAAUAAUACAGAACAGGACCAAAUGUUAGUGAAUGUAAUAGUUGCUCAACUUGUUGGGGAUAGCGAUCCUGAGUUGGGUGGAGCAGUACAGCUGGCUGGUGUACUACGUUUACUUCUGGAUCCAGAGAAUAUGUUGGCUUCUGUUAAUAAAUCAGAAAAGACUGAUUUCUUAAAUUACUUUUACAAGAAUAGUAUUGGUACUCUGAUAGCACCUCUUUUGGCAAACACGAUUGGAGAACGACCUGCAAGAGAGGAUUAUAGAACAGUACAACUUUUGGGAUUGAUCUUGGAAUUGUUAUCAUUCUGUGUGGAACACCAUACGUAUCACAUUAAAAAUUGCAUAUUGAAUAAAGAUUUACUCAGAAGAAUAUUGGUUUUAAUGAAAUCAACACAUACGUUUUUAGUAUUAUGUGCAUUAAGGUUUAUGAGAAAAAUUAUAGCACUAAAGGAUGAGUUUUAUAAUAGAUAUAUAAUUAAGGGUAACUUGUUCGCACCUGUAUUCGAUGCAUUUGUAAGAAACAACGGCAGAUACAACCUUUUAGAUUCGGCUAUAUUGGAAAUGUUUGAAUUUAUCAAAUUGGAGGACAUUAAAUCGCUAUGUUCACAUGUUGUUGAAAACUUCUCAAAGGAACUCGAAGCAAUUGAUUACGUACAAACAUUUAAGGCAUUAAAGUUAAGGUAUGAACAACAUCAAGACAAGUUAAAAGAUCGCGAUAGAGCUACAAUUGACAGUGUUCCAUCAAUUUUGCGGAAUAGUCGGUAUCGAAGGGAUCAGAGGCAACUAGAUGAGGAAGAAGAACUAUGGUUUAAUGAAGAAGAAGAAUUUGAUGAAGAUUCGAAAAGUCAUCAGCAACAACAACAACAGCAAUCUGUAUUAAACAAUAAUACCGCUAAUAAUAAUAUUACAUCACAACAACCGCAAAUUAAUAAUAGCUCGUCAACAACGAAUGAGUCACCAAUUGCUUCAGAUAUAAAUCCUACUCCAGCUAUUGGCACAGUAGAAAAAACGGGAACAGCACUCUUUAAAAAGGGAUUAGUCGAUUAUGAAGGAGAUUCCGAUGAGGAGGAUGAAGAUUCAGAAUUAAGUCCCUCCACAAAACGACAACGAUUGUCAUAGUAGGCAAACUUGAAAAGAACGAGAACAUUUGUGAUUUUUAAUUGCUAUUAUCAUUUCAUGACCCUUCUACACAUGUAAAAACAGAUCUAUCCUUUUAUUGUCAGAAGAGACAUAGAUUGAAUUUUUUGCUAAGGAAUGUGUGUGUGGACGCAACAAUAAGUGCUUUAAAAAUGUGUGAUGGGCACUCAUUUAUAGGUCUGUCUGUGUUGACAUGUGUAUAAUAUGCAAAGCAUACAAAAUAGGGCCUGAAUGAAAAUUAAGCUAUAUCGGUUGAGUGUGUUGAUAAAAGAGUGAACUUUUUCAUCUCUUUAAUGAAACAAACAGUGUAGUAUUGUGGCAUAAUAUGAUGUAGCACGAUGUAUUGUAUGAUGCGUAAAGAGAAGUAAGAGAUAUUAAACAAAUCAUAGAGAGUCCAUUCCACUUGUCUGGAAACAUCUUGUGCACUAGGGAAGAUAAUCUCAUGGAUAACUAUGAAUAGACUAAGAAGAUUGGCCACAAAAUUAGCCAAGUUUAGUGACUUACAGAAAAUGGAAGCAUACGCUUGGAUAAAUACAGUGAUAAAUUGCGAUAUCACAGUUGUAAUUAAACUGUAAUCGCAAUUAUCUGGUUUACGAAGAAGAAACUUACAAUGUGUUGUAAGUCCAAAUUUUCGGAGACAAAGAGUACAUGGUGUACCGCACAAAAACAACCGAGCGUUUUGUUUUGCCAUUUGUAAGUUUUCUAUCGCUUGGCUGUGCGAUAGAGAUCUGUUCUUUAAGACGGUCAUUAUGAAACUUUAUCCAUUUCGACAGAAAUAGAAUAUUUAGUUUGUAUAUAUAUAUGUAUAUUUGUAACGAUUGUAAAACAGCCACACUCAUGGAUUAAACAGAAACAUGCAAUUUCUUUAAGGAUUCAGUUCCCUUUGAAAUACUUUCAACAAGCUUUUCGGUUGUCAAUGUAAGUAGUAGUAAUUGUAUAAUAAAUAUUUGAUUUAUGUA